AUUUAACUCCACAAUACCGCAAACCUCUUCCCCAUCAUGUCUUCAACUACAGAAACGCUGAAUCGAUCUGCGGUACUGCCUCACCUAAAGGCUCAUCCCAUGAUCAUUACCUCCUCAUCAGUUCCUGUUCCAACUGGGAAUGAGAUACUGAUUCGUGUACGAGCCGUUGCUAUCAACCCAGCCGAUCACGCUGUUCAAAAGCUCGGCAUUGUCAUCAAACCCGAGUUCUACCCUUACACCAACGGUACCGAUGUGUCUGGAGAAGUCGUCUCUGUUGGGCCUGAUCAGGUGAGGUUCAAGCCUAGAGACCGUGUAGUGGGCCAUGCGAUGGCAUGGCAGAAAGGCGAGAACAAGUAUGGGGCCUUCCAAGAUUACUCGAUCAUGGUUGAGCCUAUGGUAGCCAAGAUCCCAUAUCACAUACCUUUCAAGGAAGCAGCAGUUCUUCCGAUGGGUCUCGCGACAUCAUCUGCUAUGCUGUUCAGUCCAACUUUGAUGGGCCUAGAUCUACCCAUGGCUGGAACCGAGAUGAACUCCAAGGGGAAAGUCGUGGUAGUUUGGGGAGGUAGCUCAAGUGUUGGGUCGAAUGCCAUCCAGACUGCGAAAGCAGCUGGAUAUAUCAUUGCGGCUACGGCGAGCGAGCAUAACCACGGGUUAAUGAGAGAGAUGAACGUGGACUAUGUCUUUGACUACAAGAAAGAUGGCAUUGCGGAAGAGAUUAUAAACACUUUGAGCGGCAUCGGCGAUCUUGCAGGAGUUUACUGUGCUGUAUAUUCGGAUACUGCCAUUAUGGCUUGUGCGACAAUUGCAGACAGACUUCAGGGAAAGAAAUGUCUGGGAACUAUACUUCCUCCUGGUUUGCCGGUCCCUGGAACGAUACCAGACGGCGUGCAAGUUUUAAUCAAUGACCAUGUUAUUCCAGGAUCGACCGAGACUGGGAAAAGAAUAUGGGUUGAUUGGCUUCCAGGAGCUCUCGAAGAUGGGACCAUGAAGUGUAUGCCCCAUCCUGAGGUUGUUGGCAAAGGGCUUGAGAAAAUCCAGGACGCUGUAGAUGCGAUUGGCAAAGGCGUGAGUGGAAAGAAGCUAGUAGUUGAGCUUUAG